AUGCAUAUCCUGCUAGUCAACGACGAUGGCCCACCCAACAAGCGCCUCUCACCCUACGUGCGCCCUCUAGUCGAUGAGCUCCACGCCACCGGCCACCAAGUCUCCGUCGCCAUCCCCGCCGCCUCACGCUCAUGGAUCGGCAAAGCCCACAUCAUCGAAGCCUCUCUAACCGCCAGCUUCGUCCACCCAGACUCCUUCAACGACGACGGCACCUGGGACGAGAACUACCGGCCCAGCCCUGAAUCCGCACACCUCGCCGAUUGGGUCGUCAUCAACAACGGCACACCUGCCAGCUGCACCCAGCUCGGUCUAUACAGUCUCUUCCCAGACCGCCCGCCAAUCGACAUUGUCAUUUCAGGUCCGAACCAUGGCCGCAAUGCCUCGACUAUUUACAAUCUGUCGUCCGGGACGGUGGGCGGUGCGCUCGAGGCGGUGUUUUGCAGUCAGCGCGGUAUCGCGAUUUCGUUCGGUAGUAAGGAUCCGCAGGCUGCGGAUGUGAUUGCUGCGGCGGCGAGGCAUGCGGUUCGGGUUGUGGAUCAUUUGAUUGCUCAUUGGGAUGAGCGGGUGGAGUUGUAUAAUAUUAAUGUGCCGAUGCGCAUUGAUGUUGAGACGCAGCCGGUCUUGUAUACGCGGACUUUGCCGUAUUACUGGUCGCGUGGUUGUUUGUAUGCUGAGGUUGAGCCCAAGACUAAGAAGGUGGUCAAUGGUGCUUUGACGAAUGGGGUGCACAAGGAGCAGCGUGAUGAGAUUGCCGUGAAUGGUGUCAAUGGAGUGAAUGGUGUCAACGGCGUCAACGGACAUGUCGAGGAGCCAAGCCGCAAGCAGCGCCAUUUCAAGUGGUCCGCUGAUUUGUCGGAUAUGAAGAAGACACUCCAGGAGAGUGAGGAGGGCACAGAUGCACACACCGUCCUAAACGGAUCGACCAGUGUGACCGCUCUCCGCGCCAACUUCUGGCACGUCCCCGGUCUAGACGGGCCACUGUACUUUGAUCAAUAA